AGUACUUUUUAGUAGACCAUUUUCGCAACUUGCAAGCAGUCAAUGCUUUUUUGUUUUGCUGAAGCUAUUUCUCUGCUGCAACUUUUGCUCUCAGUCAUUUUCGUAUGACAAAAGUAAACAGUUUUAUACCCGAAUGGUGGAGAUAGGCAAAGCACUUGUCCAAGAUACUAAAAGUUAGCGACUCUACAAAGAGAACCAUCCAUACCCACAAGCCUCCAUGGAUCUCACAAGCCCCAGAUGCUUUCAAGCUCCAUCUUUUAUCUCAUGUAGUGGGGAACCGCCAUUAGAGGGCAGUACAAGCUUCUACGGGAAAAGUAAAACCAACCCAUAUGCAGACACCUUCCCUGACCCUCUGUGCAAGCUUAAUCUCAAAGAGACCUCUGAGUUUGUCAAGUCAUUCCCAGUACCAAGCAAUGCCAGCUCAGAAGGCAACAGAGGUUUUCUUGACACUUCAGCUCAGAGGAGGGAGGGAAUGAGCUCUGUCACACAGAGGAGAUUGGAAGCUCCUCCUACACCUGGAAGACCUGUUUUCAGCUUCAGUGUUGGGAAUUUUGCAAGAAAGAGCUUUCCUUCAAAAUGGGAUGAUGCAGAGAAGUGGCUCAUCAGUACCUCUUGCCAUGACUCUCCUGCUCACACCAUAAAGCCAUCAGCAGACUCCACUAAGAUUGUUAAUGCCAACCAAGGUGACAACUUUAAGCAACAAAUGGAGGUGUUUGCUGAAAAAACAAGGGUCGCAGAGGAAAAAGUGUCAAAGACAGUCUCAAGCUUUCAACGCUGUGCCUCUUUGAACAAUCAUAACUCUGGCAAAGCUUUCAAUGGGGUCUCAACCUCAACUGAUGUACUUCUAAAAGAUAAGUUUGUGGACGAUAUAGAACCAGUUUUGCCCAAUUCCAGGUACUUAGAGCCAACCAAAGAAGGCUUUCUAUUCAAAAACUCAGCUUGUGAAACCAUGAAAGAUGCAGGCACAGAAGAGGUUCAUCAUCUACAACAUCGAGAUGUUGGGACAGAGAUGACGCCUCUUGGCAGUUCAACAACUUCAAGGUGCCACACACCAUUCAAGUGCUCGUCGCCCGCGCGCCAUAAUACGCCUGCAAAUCGGUCAGGGCCAUUGGCUUUGGGGUACUCUAGCAGCACUAAUAACACCAUUGACAUUGCCCAGUUGCAGGAGUGCCUUGGGACACAAUAUGAUUCAACUGCAUCGAAUUGGAACUCAAGGGAAGAGGAGGAAGUGGAAAUAUCAAAGAGCUUGAGACAUUUCGAAACAAGCCAUCCAUGCCGAGAAAGUAUUUCUGAAUCUAGAGCUGCUGCCUGGGAAGAGGAUGAAAACAACAAAUGCUGCCUUAGGUAUCAGAGAGAAGAAGCCAAAAUCCAAGCCUGGGUCAACCUCCAAAGUGCAAAAGCAGAAGCUCAGUCAAGAAAGCUUGAGAGCAGGAAACUAAGUGGCUGCAUUGUCAAACCGCAAGUGCUAGCAAACUGUAUUUUAUUGGUUCUGGUUGGAAUGCUUGAUGGAGCUUAUUGUUGUCUUCCUCCUUGAGCCACCCGUCACUCUUGGACACCAUUCUCCUUUUGUUUUCUAGACUGGACCACCUCUAUUGAAGUGUCUUGCCUAAUAUUAUAUAAUUUUCUACAUACCAAACUCUCACAGAAAUUAGAGAGAAAGCUAGAAGUCUUCAUCCUCACAUUUUAAUACUAGCAAUCCCAUGUGAAGUAGCAGCAUUUAGAAAUCCAUGGGGAACUGGAGUAUUUAAUUGAGUUGGAUACCAGUCAUGCUUGGAAGCUUGGUUUUUUGUUCUUUCUGAAUAAAUUAGUGGUUGAUGAAAAGAGCACUAUUUUGGUGUUUUCCGCUCUUCUUUUCACUUGAAAUUUCUUUUGUAAAGCCAAAUGGAGUUACCAACAUGCAUGCUUUUGUAGUUUGGCAGAUACACGUUUGUUUAUUUAUUUGU